AUGUCAACAGUCGACACUUCGUUUCGAGACGAAUGCGCCCUCUUGGCUUCUCUGCUUAGAAAAUGCGCGCGGGCCAAGGAUCUAGCACAAGGCACUCUCGUUCACGGCCGAAUUGCAGCAUCGCACCACCACUCUCGAAACAGAUACCUCGGCAAUCUCAUCGUUCAGAUGUAUGGGAGCUGUGGGAGCAUUCAGCGCGCGGUGGCGGCCUUCGAGAGCAUAGACAGGCCUAAUGUUUUUUCGUGGACUGUCAUGAUCACCGCAUAUGCCCAAAAUGGGUAUCUUGUCGAAGCUCGAGAGCUCUUUGAUACGAUGCCAGACAAGGAUGUAGUGGUGUGGAAUGUGAUGCUGAAGAUCUACUCUCAAAACGGUCUCAUGUUUAAAGCUCGGGAAAUCUUUGACGCAAUGCCGCAGCGGGACGUCGUGUCUUGGACUGCUCUUGUUUCUGGACAUGCCCGAAACGGGCAUAUGGAAAGAGCUUGCAGUGUCUUCGCCAGGAUGCCAAUGAAGAAUCUGGUCUCCUGGAACACCGUCAUAACGGUUUAUGCGCAGCUCAGGGACUUGGAUAGAUGCAAGGCGGUCUUUGAUCAGAUGCCCGAGAGAGAUGCCGUGUCUUGGAAUGCAUUGAUCUCGGCAUAUGCCCAAAACGGGCAUAUCGAGCAAGCAAACAAGCUCUUUGAUUCAAUGCCUUUCAGAAAGGAUAUAGCCUCUUGGAAUGUGAUGCUUGCUGCGUAUGGUGGACAGGAAAUGACCGGGGCUGCGUUUCGGCUACUGGCGUCAAUGGAUUUGGAAGGCACCGUGCAAGCCGACAGAAUGACAUUCGUCGCAGUUCUCCAGGCCGCCGCCAGUGCUGAAAUGUUUGUUCGUCUUGCCCACGAUGAGAUCACACUCAGGGGGAUGGAGUCCGACACGAUGUUGACCGCAGCUCUCGUUAGCGCUUAUGCACGGUGUGACUUGAGCGAACGAGCUAAAGACGUGUUCGAUAGAGCGGCACACAAGAACACAGUGUCGUGGACUGCUAUGAUCGCAACUUACACCCGGGCUGGACGAUUCAAGGAUGCUGUGCGACUCUUUAGCGUCAUGGACCUGGAAGGAGUUCCUGUAGACGGUGUCGCCGUCGUAGCAGCUCUCGAGGCUUUUGGAAGAUUGGGAGAACUGGAAGCGUGUAGGAUCUUUCACCAUUCCAUCGUCAAUGGCAUGGAGAUUGGAGGAGGAGUCGCUGUAGGCAACGGACUCGUGAGCAUGUAUGCAAAGUGUGGAAGCAUGGAAGCGGCUAGAAGCGUGUUCGACGGAAUGAGGAAACGCGACAUAGUCACUUGGAAUGCUGCGGUCGCAGGGUAUGCAAAGAACGGCCAAGCAAGCCAAGCUUUCGAGCUUUUCAGGACACUGGAGCUGGAGAGUAUCCACCAGCCAAACGGGGCAACUUUCAGUGCUCUUCUGCUGGCUUGCAGCCACGGAGGCUUCUCAGAGGACGGCUGCCAGUACUUUGGCGGCAUGAAGCACGACUAUGGAGUUUCUCCUGCCGUCGAGCACUGCAUUUCCAUGGUGGAUCUCCUGGGUCGCUUGGGCCUGCUGGAACAGGCGGAGGAACUGCUUCUAAACUCCGUCGAGUGCGAGAGGGAUGGCUGGAUUUCUUUGAUCAGUGCUUGCAAACUUCACAAAGAUGCCAAGCUCGCAGCAAAAGCCGCUGGCGUCCAUGUCAUGCCGGAGUCGGACGGUGCCCGUUUCGUGCUGAUGCAAAACACGCUCAAAAUGGAUGCAACCAGCUAG